AUGGGCAGACACAAGGUGUAUUUGGAAAAACUGUCCCGGUUCUUCCAGGUCCGUAACCUGCUGCUUCGCCAGGCCCUGGCAGAGUGUCUUGGCACUCUCAUCCUUGUGAUGUUUGGUUGUGGUGCUGUGGCCCAGCUGGUGUUGAGUGGUGGUUCCCAUGGCAUGUUCCUCACUGUCAACUUUGCCUUCGGCUUCGCUGCCAUGUUAGGCAUCCUGGUCUGUGGCCAGGUAUCAGGUGGCCAUCUGAACCCUGCAGUGACCUUUGCCCUGUGCCUGCUCGGAAGAGAGCGCUGGAGAAAGUUCCCCAUGUACUUCCUCUUUCAGACAAUCGGCGGGUUCUUUGGUGCUGCUAUCAUUUUCGGCAUGUACUACGAUGCCCUGUGGGACCGCCCUGGAGCCUUCAAUGUGACUGGGCCUAAUGCCACAGCUGGCAUUUUUGCUACCUACCCUGGAAAACAUCUCACUAUCGUGAAUGGAUUCUUUGACCAGAUCAUCGGCACAGCAGCGCUGAUUGUGUGUAUUCUGGCUAUUGUUGAUCCAUACAACAACCCCAUCCCCCAAGGACUGGAGGCCUUCACUGUGGGAUUUGUGGUUCUGGUCAUUGGAUUGUCUAUGGGCUUUAACUCUGGCUAUGCUGUCAAUCCUGCCAGAGACCUCGGACCACGUCUUUUCACCGCUAUUGCUGGGUGGGGCAGCGAGGUUUUCACGGUUAGAAACGGCUGGUUCCUGGUGCCUGUUUUUGCCCCAUUCCUUGGCACCAUUAUCGGUGUGAUAAUCUACCAGCUGAUGGUUGGCUUCCAUGUGGAGGGAGAAGCGCGUGACCAGAAAAGCCAGGCGGAGGAGGAGAAUGUCCAACUCACCAAUGUCUCCGCCAAUGACAAAACCAACGACAAAACCAAAGACAUACACUGAGUGUGUUAGAGAGCUACACUCUCCAACACAUGCACAUUCUGUAAAUACUGCUGACACAUUCCAGCAUAUUUCCUUCCAGCCACAACCAUUUUAACUGCUGUUGGGUUAUCUCCCAAGUGAGCUGUGUGUUUGUAAAAACAGGCCACUCCCUUAACAUUAU